AUGGUGUUGUUUCCAGAGUACAAGAAGGCUAAGGAACAACAUAGGAACCACAAUAUGCCAAGAAGAAGUGACUUGAAUCAAGCCAGGAAUGUAAUCAAAGAGUUUGAGCAUCCAUCGAUUCAAGGUCGAACCAUGUAUUCAUCUGUCAUUGGUGGUUCAAAUGAAGAAGGAACAUGGAGAAGUACUGAUAGUGCAGCCAACACUGAUAGUCCAGCAACCAUGAGUGACCUACAUUCCCUUAUCCAAGCCUUUAUCUCAUUCAAGAAGGCUGGUACACACUCUCUUGACCCUAAACCUAUCAUUAUAGAUUCAGGAGCAAGCCAUCACAUGAUUAGUGAUAGAAACUUGAUGAGUGAUGUCCAGCCUGCCUCAGGGAAUGUUCAAAUAGCAAAUGGUGAUAAGAUUAAGAUAGAAGGGAUAGGGAACCUGAGGUUGUUUGAUAGGGAAUCUACUGCCUUGUAUAUGCCUCAGUUUACAUCAAACUUGCUAUCUGUAAGAAAGGCUACUGUUGAUCUGAGUUGUCAGGUUGUCUUCAGACCAGAUGAGGUUGAAUUUCAAGACUUAAAGACAGGCCAAGUGAUUGGAAAGGGGCACGUUCACAAUGAACUAUAUCAUCUUCAGAAGACAGAGAUGUCUAGACCAUCCACUUCUCAGUGUUUGGCUAGUACAUCCAGCGGGGUUGAUAGCACACUAUGGCAUGCUAGGUUGGGACCAUCUACUGCAGCUGAUAGUGUUGAGAGCACUCAUCCUAAUCAUGAGGGGGACAGUAGAAAUGUUGAGCAGUCUACACAAGCUCAACCUGAAGAGAGCUCUGUAGCUCAUGAUCAAGAUGAGAUGCCAUCAGAAUCAGGAGUUGAGACUCAAGUAGAGGCGCCAAGUGAAGGAAAUGAAGCAGAACCUGAGCAGAAACAACUCAUGAGAAGGAGUACAAGGAUCAGGAAACCCUCACAGUGGAUUAACACAGAAGUUUAUUUCAAUGCUGAAGCUUACUUGGCUAAUGGGCAACCAGAAAGAAAAAAAACCAGACUUGUUACAAGAGGCUACACUCAAGUCUAUGGUGAAGAUUACCUUGACACCUUUGCACCAGUAGCUAAGCUUCACACGAUACGGAUUGUACUCUCAUUGGCUGUGAACUUAGAAUGGGAUCUGUGGCAAAUGGAUGUCAAGAAUGCUUUUCUACAAGGAGAGUUAGAAGAUGAGGUCUACAUGAGACCACCACCUGGUAUGGAACACCUUACCAAACCAGGAAAUGUAUUGAGGCUGAAGAAAGCCAUCUAUGGUUUGAAACAAUCACCAAGAGCGUGGUACCACAAACUAAGCACCACACUCAAUGGAAGAGGUUUUGUCAAGUCUGAAGCUGAUCAUACCCUAUUCACUCUCACUAGCCAGCAAGGAAUCAUUGUCAUUCUCAUCUAUGUUGAUGACAUUAUCAUCACAGGCAGUGACAAAGAAGGGAUCAUCUCAACCAAAGCGUUCCUUAAGGCUUCAUUUGAUAUCAAGGACUUGGGAGAGCUCAAAUACUUCCUAGGGAUCGAGAUGUGUAGGUCUAAGGAAGGGUUGUUUCUAUCUCAAAGGAAAUACACCCUUGACUUACUAAAUGAGGCUGGAGAUCUUGGUGGAAGAGCUGCCAAAACACCUCUAGAGGAAGGAUACAAAGUGAUGCGUGAGGGGGAGAUUGAAGACAAGUCAUAUGAAGAUGUAAAGCACUAUAGGAGAAUGGUGGGAAAACUCAUUUAUCUUACCAUUACCCGACCAGAUGUAUGCUUUGCAGUAAACCAAGUAAGCCAACACAUGCAAGCUCCCAAGGUACACCACUGGAACAUGGUUGAGAGGAUUCUCAGGUACCUAAGAGAGGCACCAGGCCAAGGAGUAUGGAUGGGAUGCAAUAGAAGCACUGAGAUUGUUGGGUACUGUGAUGCGGAUUGGGCAGGAGAUAGAGUUGAUAGGAGAUCAACUACUGGAUAUUGUACCUUCAUUGGAGGCAAUUUGGUAACAUGGAAGAGCAAGAAACAGAAGGUGGUGUCUUGUUCAAGUGCUGAGGCAGAAUAUAGAGCUAUGAAGAAGCUCACAAGCGAGUUGAUUUGGAUUAAGGGACUUCUUAAGGACUUGGGAAUUGAAGUUACAACGCCAAUCACGAUGCAUUGUGAUAACCAGGCUGCUAUACGCAUUAUGUGGGAUCAUCUAUUGCGUACAAAAGGAGAAGUUGUAUUGGGUCUUAUCCACAUAAAUCUAUCACAUGUGCAAACACAACCAAAGAAGAAGAUGAGAAAAUCUUGGAUGUUCUAUUCUGCUAUACACAUUAUGUGGGAUCAUCUAUUCAAGUAUAAACAAAGGUUGCUUCAACAGAUCGUGGAAGUGGGUACAAACGGGAAUCUAAACGCACCAUUGGAUCACAGCCGGCUAUACAAGCAGCAGGUUGCUCAUCAAACAAGGAGAUACAAGCUCUUGGUUGAUAUAAUGUUGCUUCUUCAACUGCAACAUUAUUUCACAAGUCUGAAAUCGAUUGUUGUUGUUUUGCCUCGUCAUGAAAACACUUGGCUGCGGACAGGGACGAGUUCAGCUAUCAGUUUUCACAUUAUAAGUUUGUGGGCAAGCUUAUUUUCAAUGGGGGAUGUAUUGAUAAGCUUCUUCAAUAUAUCGAAGCUGACUUGGAGGUUUGCUAGUCGGAAGGAGAGACUUGGGAUGAAAUGGAAGGUUGCCGUUGGAGAAGAGAAAGGAGUAUAA